CCGCCAGCCAGCACAGGAUCGCCUCUGUCGCAGAGCCAACGUGUCUCGCGCUCGGCGGCCCUGACGCCGCAACUCUCGCGGAAUGCUCAAGUUCAUCGAGUCGGACUCGUCGGGCCUGCCACGCAAGCGCAAGCAGGUCAGCCAGGCCUGCGAGCCUUGUCGCCGCCGCAAGAAGCGCUGCCACCACGUCGAGGGAGGAGGCCAGCACACAGACGAAGACAGUGGUGACCACGCGACAACAGCAACAACCACCACCACCACAACAAAACCCGCUGCCACUGCCACAGCAUACAGUACAGCAGCAGCGCGCCCGCCCUCUGCGCCCUCUGCGCCCUCCAGCAACCCAGCACCGGCGCCAUGGUCCUCGCCAGCGAGUGUUUGGCGCGCGCCGCCCUCGCCUCCUCCGUACCAGGGCCUGCCGGCUGCGGCCCCGGCCCCACACCAGUCCCCGACAACUUCAGCCCCGACCUUCCGCUCCGUCAUCGCCAACUUCAAUCCUUCGCCCCAUGAUGACCGUCUUUCCUGGAGCGAUGCCAGCCGGGCAGCACGCCCAAGGCCAACGCUGCCACCGCCACAGACCACCACCACCACCACCCCCUCCAGCACUCGACUCAAUCGAUUCGUGGGCGACACCAACCCCGAGGGCCUCUUCAUCGAGGCGUCCAGCCCUCGUUCCACGCGCGAUGGGUCGCGUGGCGGCGUGGGAGUAUGGAACCGUGACCCAGCCGGCCAUGCCAACAGUACAUUGGCUGCAAAUCCCACCCUCGCAAAGUCUCGCUUCGAAGGACCCCGCCGCGCCUUCCAGGACACGGUCGACAAGUACGUCCGAGAGCACUGCCUGACAUGCCGCCCGCCCCCAACAGACUAUGCGGUCUUGAGGCAGAUCUACUUGACCAAGCUGGACCCAAUCUUCCCAGCCCUCUCGGAGCCUCUAUUCAGACCACAGCCUGCUCAGCCAGAUAACAACCAGCAGCAACAAAAUCCCGCAGACAUCAUCGUCCAGCAAGUCGUCAGCCUGGCCGCGGCCUCGGACCCAGCUGCGGCCAAACACCUGCGGCUCAUGGGCCACUCCAGCGGCGGCGGCGACGGCAGCGGAAGCAGUGGAAGCAGCAGCAGCCAUCAUGUUACACCUGAGCUUCUCGACUGUGGAACCUUCUGCGCGUCUCUCUCCUCGGCGGUCCAGGCAGCGCUCGACGCGGGCAUCCUGACCGACCGGGUCCUGCACAUGCGCGUGCUGCUCGUCUUCUCUUUGUACAUGCACCCUCCCGGCCCCGAGGAUGCAGACCUGCCGGCCCUGCUGCACAGCCAGGCGGUGCACCAGAUGAUCACGCUGGGCUUCCACCUGGAGCUGGGCGACAAGGACCCGACACGGCGCCGCGAGACGUGCACCGUCUUCUGCUGCCUGUGGGCGCUGGACCGCAUGACGGCCGCGUUCUACGGGCGGGCGACGCUGAUGCACGAGCGCGAUUUUGGGUGGGACAUGGGCGAGGCGAUUGCGCGCCAGGGCCCGGCAUUCCGCCUGCUGCUCAUGAUCAUCCGGCUCAUGGACGAGGUGUUUGCGCUGUACCGCCCGAUCGUCAAGGUCCGGGAGCCGCUGAUUGUCGAGAUGCCCAUCUUUGAGCAGCUCAUUAUCGAUGCGGACGCGAACAAGGUCACGGAUGCCACGCUGGCCACCCUCGAGGUCUUUUAUCACGCCGUGGCAAUCCUGUCCUGCCGGUACCCCGACGGGUCCAAGGAGUCGGCCAUGCCCGCGCCAGCGACCAACAGCCGGCGCUCGCUGUCCGCCGACCGCAUCACCUCGAUCGUGGGUGACGAGUUCGAGGGCUGCCUGUCGUACCUGCCCUUCAUACCCUACGCGGUAUCGCUGUCGCUGAGCGUGGCGUACCGCAAGAUGCGGUUCAGCAGUGUGCCCAUGUUCCGCGCCCGGGGCCGGCGCGCGUUCCGCGAGAACACGGUCAUGCUACGGACCCUGGGGGAUGCCUUCUGGACGGCAAAGGCGCUCGCGGGGAUGGCGGAGAAGACGCUCAGGGAGCUGGACAAGGCGACGGCGUCGCUGAUUGAGGGCGAGAUGGGACAGAACGGUGGUGGUGGUGGCGGUGGUGGCCACUUGCCAGCUGCUGCCGUGGCCGUGGCCGGCAGGGAGAAUGGUGUCGCCCCUUCUCCCGGUGGUCCUGGCCUUGGGGGAGGAGGAGGCGGAGGUGCUAUGGCCGGCGGGAUACCUGGGAUGAGUAGCAGCGCAACCCCGGCAGCAUCAGCAGCAACACCGCUCGACCGCCCGGCGAGCGUCCUCGGCGGCGGCGGUGGUGGCGUUGGAGGGUUUGGCGUCAUGGAUGCAGCAGGCGGUCGACUGGGCCCGGUGGCGCAGGACUACGCGUCGGAGAACAUGAUGGACGCGAGGGACAUUGACGUCUUUGGGCACCUGGACCCGACGUUUGACAUUGGCGCCGUGGACGCGGUGCUGGACGGCAACCUCGACUUUGGCACGUCGUCCAACUGGUUCGACAUGCAGCAGAUGUGGGGUUACUGGCUUGCAUCCGCUGUUGCAAUCAGUAAUUAACUGGUGAUAUGUGCGGGUGGCGUUGUGGGCGGCGGGCCGGGCGGGCGCGGGUAAAUAAAUUGGCGUCAUCAUAGUUUCCCCGCGCCGCUGCUCAGCUGGUGGGUGGCGGCUGCUGGAAGCGCCUUCUUCAGCUCGUUCGCUGCCGCGCCGGCAACAUCUCCGUGCGGGCUGCA